AUGACAGGUAACAACACAGCCGGCCCGAGCUCGACGCCCUUGGUCCACUCCGCCGUCGAGUUCGCAAAGCAAUCACAGAAAUUGUCGCACAAGAACCCAGAGGAGGAUAAUUCGGACAAUGUCGCCGCCCAGGCUGUCUUCGUCACGCCCAGAGACGCUGUCAUCGCCACGGCUGAAGGACACAGGCUGCCAGGGGUCCCGCUAGAAGAGGCGCAGAAAUUGAACAUACUGAAGCAGGAACUGGAGCAGGACCAACCCGCAGCCGCGCAAACACAGAGCAAUGGCGGCGCCGACCAGACCUCCGAGGCCCACGGCUCCCACGACCCAAGCGAAGCGCACAAAGCUUUCACCGCACCCCCCGUGCCCAAUGGCAAGUCCUUGCAAAAGACGUCUGAAGGCUCCCUGCGACGAGCAAUGCCGCCCUCGCAUACCAACCCCCUUUUCCCCCCACUGCCUCUCUACGGGCCCUCGUCCAUACUGCGAGACAUUCAUUGCUCGGCUUUCCGCGUGUCCUCCUUCUUCCUCAGCCUCUCGUUCCUAGGAGUUAUAGUACUGGGGUCCCUCUUUACGAGCAUCCCACUCGUCGCAAAGCGCAUCUGGUUCAGACUCACGUUUCGAAACCCCGAUAAAGAUCGCCCUUUUUAUGAGGAGGAAGUCCGCCGACGGGACGCAAGAAAGGAGGAAGCGCGGAAGUGGACGCACCGCACCUCCGAGGAGCGACGUCUGACCGAUACCGACAGUGCGCUGAACGACGACGGUUAUAUCCCAUCAGAAGGUGGCCCAGACCCAAUAAAGUGUGACGUUGGCUACUACGCUCGACGGGUUGGCCUCGACGUUGAAGAAUUUGGUGUUCAAACCGAGGACGGAUUCGUAAUCGACCUGUGGCAUGUUUACGACCCUCGUGAAUACGUGGGAUUGGACCCCAAAGAGCGCCAACCCCGGGGCCCCGACCCUUUCACGGGCGGGAAGCGGCGGGGCAGGGCGUUGAAAGACCCCAACGCGCCGCGGAAAUACCCAGUGCUGCUCAUCCACGGCCUGUUGCAGUCAGCCGGGGCGUACUGCGUUAACGACGACCAGUCACUCGCCUUUUGGCUGUGCAAGUCCGGAUAUGACGUCUGGCUCGGCAACAAUCGCUGCGGGUUCAAGCCGAAGCACGUGCUGCUGGAGUACUCCGACCCCCGCAUGUGGUGUUGGAAUAUCAGGCAAAUGGGUGUCUUUGAUCUGCCCGCGCUGACCUCCCGUGUGCAAUUCGAGACGGGAUUCUCAAAGAUUGGCCUGGUAGCCCACUCUCAGGGCACGACCGAGACAUUCGUCGCCUUGGCCAAGGAGCAGAGGCCGGAGCUGGGGGAGAAGCUCUCUGUCUUCUGCGCCCUGGCACCAGCCGCCUAUGCUGGCCCGCUGAUUGGGAAGAUGUAUUUCAAAUUCAUGCGGGUGAUCACCCCGGCUAUGUUCAGGAUGAUGUUUGGUAUUCACGCCUUUAUACCGAUCAUGUUGACCAUGCAUGGACUCUUACCCGCGAAGCUCUACGGUUGGUUGGGCUACAAAGUGUUCUCUUUUCUGUUCGACUGGACGGACAUCAGGUGGGACCGCGGGCUUAGGAACAGAUACUUCCAGUUUGCUCCUGUCUACGUCAGCGCAGAAUCGAUGAGGUGGUGGCUGGGGCGCGAGUGUUUCGCAAAACAUAAAUGUAUCCUCGCUACGAAGGAGGAAUGGCGCGCCGAAGAGCGUGAGGACGAGGACGAGUCUCAGAACCCAGUCGCCGCCGUGCCCCCCGAGGCUCAUAUCAACGAGCCGCACUCGCCAACACACCGAACACGCCACCACCACCACCGGAGACCGAAGGGAUCAUCUGCAUGGUACAACUCGCAAAGCCCGCCAAUGGCGCUCUGGGUGUGCGGCCGCGACAACCUGGUAGACGGGAAUAAGCUCCUGCGUCGGUUCGAGCGGGGCCGCGAGCCGCAUGCGCGCCUGGUGUUUAACAAGGUCAUCCCCGAGUACGAGCAUCUCGAUGUCAUAUGGGCAAUGGACGCCGAGCGCGAAGUAUUCCAGGAGCUGAGGGAGACGCUCUGGCGGACAUGUCCUGCGAGCGAGCGUGCGAGAUGUCGGGUGCCGAAGUGCUGUGAAGAUGUUGAACAGUGGGUUGACGAUCGGAAGAGAGGCGAAAGGGCGGGCAAUGGCGACGAGGCGCCGGCCGACAGCGAGGGUGGUAAAGAUGUGGGCGUCGAAAGCGCCAGCAGCAGCGAAGAGCCAUCGACUGAGUAA